ACAAAAUAAAGAAUAACAAGAUUGAUCGUUUGACCAGUACCUAAGGCUCAAGUAUACUGUUAUGAUGACCAUCAUUCUCAAAUAAAUAGCAGAAUAAAGAGCCCUCAUCAUCAUUAGGUGCUCGAGUCAAGGGCCAUUGCAGAGGGACUACCUAUAGCAGACGACAUCUUCAAAAGAGGCGAUCAAGACCAGUAUCGAAAAGUUAUCGACAGCACAAUUUCAAGAGAUUCUCGGACUGAUUAUGGCGCGCUUUUCUAUUUUGCUUCUUCUGGUUGCGAUAGCUUACGUGCACACCAGCGAAGGCAGAUCCUUCGAAGAAUUUUUACGCCAAGUUUGGGAAGAAGCUGAUUUUGACAAGCUGACAUUGGUUUACCAAUGGGGGCCUUCCUUUUGUGAGAACGGGAGAUGUACCAUCCCAAAUACAGCUAAGAAGAUAUGGACAAUACACGGUCUUUGGCCUUUCAAGAGCAACGUGAAAUCUUCUCCAAUAGACUGUCCAGGAACCUACGACAGUAGUGCUAUCUCUUCUAUACAAACCACGUUGAACGAGAAAUGGCCGAGCUAUAAGACUGGUGGAACCAAUGACGAGUUAUGGAAACAUGAGUAUAUAAAGCACGGUACAUGUGCCAGUGAUUUGACAACGUUUAAUUCUCAACUCAAGUACUUCCAAGGAACCACGGACCUCUAUGACAAAUAUGAUAUAAAAAAAAUCUUGGCAGACGGCGACAAUGCUGUAGCGCCCUCUAACAACCUCAAAUAUCCAUUGGCCUACAUCACUUCAGCCCUGAAGAAGGGCCUUGGCGUCGACCCUAAUGUCUUCUGUGUAGAGAAGAAGACUGUACAGUACCUCUUUGAAGUUCGCCUGUGUUUCGACAAGACUCUCAAGCCAAUCACUUGUGGGAGUGCACUGGUAGGAGGGGUCAAUGCAACCCCCUCAAAAAGGUUGUUUACCCCCCUUUCGACAGCUACAUCACCACUAAAUCCCUGCAGGGAGCAUCCGACGAUCUCGCCUUCCAAUUCCUGCUCGACGUCGUUGAGAUGGGUGCGAGGGAGAUGAUGAUGACGGAGGAAGAAGAAGAUGACGGCAGGCCUUUGUUGGAGACCCUCUUCAAUGACAUGUGGGAAAAGGAAGAAUAAGACGCGGGCUGUCUUUGGAAACUCAGUAACUUCUGUUACAUCUAUUACUAUGGGGAAUAACUCUUAAAGCUAAUUUUGAGCUCUAGUAUGGCACUAAGUCUUUUGGCAAGAAAUUAAUCUACAUUUAACCCUCUCCACCCAGGUAGAAAAUCGAUACAUGGUAGGAAUUUAUCCCUUGUGUGUGCUUUGAGCGCCUUUCGACUAUUAAAGCUAAGGCCAGGAUAAUAAUAUAUGUAUUACUUUGUAGGCGUCUUGAACGGUCGGCUCACUAUACCAUCUGACUACGAUCCGAAUUUGGCCAUAGCAUUUGAUAUGAACAUCCAAACAUUUAAAAUCGUAAUGAUAGAUGAUUUGAAUAGUCAUAUGAUUAAUACAAUCACAGAUUCAUUGGAUCUCACGCUUCCUUGGAGGAAGAAUAGCUAAAUCGUCUCAGAAUUAUAGUGACGUCAUACCAGUAGUACGAUUGUGUAUGAUUCGAUUCGGCUUUUAUUCUGAAUAGAAAGCUUUAAUGCACUAACAUUCCGGUUGUUAGCAUUCUUAUCAUUACUUAGAGCCUACAUCAGGAAGAUGUUGUCUGUUCAGAUUUAUAUAUCUAGUAUAAUUGCAAUUUUUUCGAAAAUUGGAUCGAAGGAAGAUCAGAUAGUGCGCGGUGGGCUUUUAGCGUAAUAUGCGCAUUAUUAAUGUAGCUAUUGUCAUUUUCUUUUACUAACUCAGUUUCAUACUGUUUACCACCUAAGAUUGAAGCUUUUUUUAGUUAGACG